AUGGAGCAGCCUCAUGAUUAUGACGAGAUGAAUAGGAAUCCUUUGAGAGUCACCAUAAACGCCCCGAAACGGCUGCUGUCUUCGACGGUAACGCCAUCGCAGCCGCCGUCAGUCCUUCCGGAUGAACUCCUCACGGAAAUCUUGCUGAGACUUCCGGCAAAGUUACUUCUCCGUUUACGGGGUGUGUGCCGUUCAUGGAGAACCCUAAUUUCCACCUCCAAUUUUGCGAAAGAACAUGUUCAACGUUCAAUCGCCGCGGAUCCAAGUUUGAGUGGGCCACGAGUUGCUUAUCAUCAUAGUUGGAAAUACAAACACAACACAUUCGGAGAUUUCUCCUUACGAUCCUUGUUUGAGAAUCCUUCCAAAUCUACAGAAGUCGUUCUCUUCGAGGAGAGACGUAGUCACAGAAUUCUUGGAUCUUGCAAUGGAUUGCUGUGCUUGCAUGAGGGUGUUGACACCCUCAACAACCAUGUCAAGUUGUGGAAUCCCUGUACUGGAUUAACAUCCCAAUCGCUGAAAAUUUGGGGUUUCAUGUGGAUUUCCGGCUUCGGCCACGAUCAUGUGAAUGACGAGUACAAACUUGUUACCACUGUAUAUCAGAAACAGACAAAACCUCAUACAUCUGCCACCAUAAUUUAUACAUUUUGCCGGAACCAUUCCAUGAGAAAAAUUCAAGAUAUCCCGUUUCGUAGCAUAUAUGGUGAUGGUAAAGGCGUAUUUGUGCCUGGCACUGCCACUCUUAACUGGAUUCGUCAGCAUGGCGCUCGGGAUUUCAUGGUUCUUUCCCUUGACUUGGUGAAUGAGACUUUUAGUGAGUUUUCUCUGCCCCCUAAGGAUCCAGAUAAUAAAACCUUCUUCUUCUGUGCUGAGGAACUGCCUUGCAGUUUGUUUUAA